AUGCCCGCUGAAGCAACUUCGUUGCAGAAGGCCGAGAUUCUAUGUAGGCAGCUAGCUAACUGGGAUGGAAGCUACUGCCUUACUGAGGCCUCAGAAACUAGCAGUAAUUGUGAAGAGGCUUAUGAAAAAUUAGAGAGAAGCCUAAAAACAGUCGAAAAAUACGGACCAUUAGAUGAAAGGAGAAGCGAGUUCAGGUACGGACCCCGCACUUUUGACAGACGUGGUGGUGACAGACCAAAGUCAGGAGGCAUGCUAGAAAGCGCACCACUUGUUCCGAAGGAAAAACGAGAGCGAGGUCCACCAAGGCGCUAUAGGUGUGGUAUCAUGGGGCAUUUGGCCAAAGAUUGUCGUGAUAGACCUGGUCUGCAACAAGGCACCCCAACAACGGAUGAAUACAUUGAGCGCAUACCAGGACCAAAUACUAAAGUACGAGACGCUUCCGGGGACAUAAUAGAAUUCCUAGACACAAUCCGGAUAGAGGUUAAAUCAGAAGACCAAGUAGAAGUGGUAUCAGUCUUUGUAGGAAGAAGUCCAGACGAGGUGGUGAUUUUGGUACCAAUGCUCUGGAGUUGUUCAAACCUAAGGCUGUUGAAGAAUUCUGAAGCAAAAAGUGCGCAAAUGACCAGCAGGGCAAAUGCAACUGUAGCCAAGGUAGAAGGCCAGCCAAGAGCAACCACAUCAAAAAUAAACAAGCGGCGUCAUGCGAAAGUUCAUAAUGUUGCUUGGAAGAGCUACGACGGAAGGUGUCGAUAUAAUCCCGCUUGGAUUGAUCUCCCGCGACUCAGCAGCUCGUACGGAUAUGAAAGUUGUUGCUGUUGCUCCUCCCAACGGAGGUCGUACAGGCUGAACAGAGCUGACAUGAAUGACACCAUCAAUCUUGCCAAGUCUGCCGCAGUCCUAAUGAAGCAAGAACUAUGCAGUCUUAUUCAGCAAUCGAGUCCUCGCAAGAACCCUCGCAUGGUCCCGGCGCUCUUUCAAGGAAUUCCACAACAGAACCAUACUCAAGAGAGGUUAUAA